AUGAAUGCUUCUUCAGCCUCAGAAAGCGGACCUUAUUCCACAAAUCAAAGGCCAUUUUUUUAUGCCCAGCCUACAGCACAGCAGCCAUUCCCUAAUCCGUGGCUCCUUGGCCCUAUGUACAAUCCCUAUGGCAUCCCUGCAUCAGGCUUAAGAAGUGGCAACCCAUAUUUCCCAUUUUAUUCAGUUCCUCUCCAUGAGUAUCCUGGAUAUUUAGUUCCACAGCCUCCCAUGCAUAUGAGAGUUAAUAGAAGACCUUAUUUUAAUGGUCAUCCACCCUCACCCAUGUUUUAUCAAGCCACACGGUUCAGGCACUAUAGCCCAGGGAAACGAACAGAGACCAAAGAAACUCAAACUGAUCUUAGACAAUCUGAAAGUAAAGCAAAAAUACAUCUGGAUCAAGAUACAGAAACAAAAGGCUGUGAUGCUGGAAAUAUGGCUUGUAUCCUAUCUGAUACUGCUAAAGGAACUGAAAACUCAUUAGAAAAGCAAGAUAGAACUAUAUCUGCUGCUGUGUCAGACAGGGACUUUGCCAAGAAUUCUUCAGGUCCUGUAGCAUUUCGAAGUCUUCCCCCAGCAGGCUAUGCCUUUGAGAAAGAGGAAGUUAGAAUAGAAUAUGCAAAUGAUGGUGCUCCUGCCAUUCAGCUAUGGAAGUCUUUCAAAGAAACAAUCCCUCUCUAUGAUGUGGCAAAGAAACAAGUCCCAAAGAAUGUAAUGCAAAGGGAUAUGUUUGCUCUGAGCUCUUGUGAAGGAGUUGUAUAUGGGCCUUGUGAACAAGGAGAAUUGCUACCAAGUAUUUCAUUUUCAGAGGAGCAAAAGGCUCCUGAGGACAUGCAGGAGAAACAGCCUCAAUGUAAAGAAAAUCAGGAUUCAGAAAAACAAGGAGUUAUAAACUGUAGAACAAAGAGUCCAUUGGAUGAAGUUAGAACAGUGCAACUGGCUGAACCAACUGGGCCUGAUCAGCCAGGGACAAGGCAAGAUGUACUGAUGUCCAAAAUAUCUUCUGGCUUUAAAAGAUUAGGUGGUUCAAAAGUUCCACAAGAAGUUUCAAACCUUGUUCGACAACGGGAAUUAUUUCCCUCUGGCAUGGAGAUAACAAAUGAUUCAUAUUUCUCUCAGAAGUUAAGUGAAUAUAAUGAUGUGAACAAUGAAAACUGGACUACUUCAGAGAAAAGCUUAUGGUGUGAUGAGUCUGAAAAAUAUCUUCCUUCUGAGAGCUGGUUGGCUUGUUUGGAGAACAUGGAUGCAAACUAUAACUAUGAUAAAUAUCUUUCCCGAAGAAAGCGCCCAAGUGUGCUUAGUAUUACAUCUGAUGAGAUGUCUUCUAUUGAAGAAGGGUCAUCAAUUGACAACACAUCAGUGUCUGUCUUAGCCCCAGACUACCUGCUUCAGAAGGGUUUAUGUACCUUUAAGAAAAACACUGAUGGCUUGGGAAGAGAGAAAAUAAGAAGUGGGGGCUCCCUCAAUGAAGAUGAGGAAGUGAUGGGGAUUGAGCAGGCUACUACUGGUUACAGUCAGAAUCUCAAGAGUGGUUCAAGAGCCAAGGCUAAAGAGAUUUCUAGCCGAAUCAGAAAGUUGGGCAUUCUUCCGAGAUCUUCCAGUAGCAAGCAUCUCUACUGUCUCAAGAAAAAAGCAACCAAGAGUUUGUCUCCAUCAGAUGCUGAUGACUCUGAAGAUUAUUGGGUAAAGGAACCAGAGGAGGAUGAGGAAGAAGAAAAUGAAGAGGAUUACUUUGUUCAAGAAGCUAUUCCAUAUGGAAUCCUGAACUCAGGCAAAAGUGGACUGGGCCGACAGACUGCCCAGCAAGUAUUUUGGAGAAUCCCUAAAAAUGCAAUGCCAGCACAUGUAAUUAACUGGCCUGUACAAGAGAAAAUAAAAAUGUCUGGGUUGUCUACUAAACUGAAGAAGGAGCAGGAGCAAGAUGAAGAUCUCUGUGGUGAUUAUAACUUCCGCUUGAUGAGACCUACAGCCCAACAGCUAGAAUUACUUGAACACAGAAGAAAUCCACAGAAAUGCUCAGGAAGGUUACAAGAGGAAAAUAGAAGGGUUGGAGCUGAUGAAUACUGGAUGAAGAGUGGUGCUAGACCCAAGUUUGCUAGCCUAAUGCAUGGUGGUCUCUCGCCUACUGCUAAAAGUAGAGAGAAAGGUAUCUCAAAUGCAGAAGUAUUCCCUUUUGCGUCUGACAAGGUGUAUGUGGACUGGCCAAAGAAGAAAGGGGUGCGUAAACCUCCACAUAAACGCAGAGACACAAGGUGUGAUACAGUUGAAGAAUGGGAGAAGCCUAGAACUACGCAUCACAAGGGACGUGAAGCAAAGAAAUCUCUCUAUAAAAGAAGAUAAUGAUAAUCAGAAUUGUGGAAGUGCAAAUAUUUGCUUGUAUCAUACAAAGAAAUCAUAAAUAUUUUCUUUUGGAAGCAAAUCAGUUUAAGUUGCACUCAAGGAUUCUUGAGUUCACACUGCAAAAUGUCUAAAAACAUGGACACACAAAUAAAAACACAAUAUAAAUAACACAAUAUUUAAAUAAAGUUGAAGUUGCACUAA